GAAAAUCGAUUGCAUCUCUCUCUCUCUCUCUCUCUUUUGAAAAUGGAUUUGUCGGAGAUUGCAAAGAAGCUAGGGCUUUCGGAGUUGAAGCAAGUCGUCCGUAAAGCCGCUGAACUCCGUCGAAUGUCAGAUCUUCAAUUUGAUUCAUCCAAUGCCGGAAUCGGAGAGGUUUGCAAAGCCGUUAUCUGCCUGGAGAUUGCUGCUAACAUGAAGCAAGUUCUAUUUGAUCGCCAGACUGCGAUAAGAUUGAGUGGGAUGUCAGAGAAGGCUUACAUUAGAUCAUUCAACGUGAUGCAGAACGGGAUUGGUGUGAAGAAUAGGCUCGACAUUAGGGAAUUGGCUAUUCAAUUUGGAUGUGUUAGGCUUAUCCCGCUUGUUCAGAAAGGUUUAUCACUAUACAGGGAGCGGUUUAUUGCAUCCUUACCAGCUUCCCGUCGAGCUAGUGCUGACUGUUCAAGGCCUGUUUUUACCGCCACAGGAUUUUACUUGUGUGCCAAAAAGCAUAAGCUCAAGGUAGACAAGAAUAAGUUGAUUGAACUUUCUGGCACAUCUGAAGAUGAAUUUUCUAGUGUUUCUACCUCCAUGAAGGACCUUUGUCAUGAUGUUUUUGGGGUGUCAAAGGAAAAGAAAGAUCCAAAGUCUAUGAAAGUGAAUAGAGACUUGUUGGAUGCGUUACCUGAGAAGAGGCAAGCCGAGGAUGGUGGUUAUUCGUCUGAUGAAGGAAAAGAUCUUUCAGCCUACAAGAAGCGUAAACGCCAAGAGAGCCACAACUACGAGGAAUGGAAGUCUACCGUAGUGGAAUCUAAUAAGCAAAACAAGGAAAAAGUUGCUGUUAAACGAACCAAACAAGCACAACUCAACUUUUUCAAGAGAUCCCCCAUGAAAGAUGAGUCAGUUCUAGUGUAAGCCACACUCAAUGUGUUGUUUUGAUCAAUCAGAAACACUGUUUUGGGUUAAUGAAGCCAUUUAAUUACAUGGGUUAUAAUCAAAAUUUGUAGCUAUAUGCAUCAUGACAAGUUAAUGUAGAGUGGGGGGGUUUUUGUUCCAAAUCUGUAUUUUAUAGAAGGGCUGGUCAUUUUGGACAGUCCUGCUUUUAGGUUUUACUAGAAGAAUUUAGGAUCUUAAGAUAUGAAGUGGUUUGAAAAGGCAUAUGCAUAGGCUUUGGCACAUAAGGAUGUAUA